UAAGCUCGAAACUAUGAUGUAGAAUCAUGUUUAUAGUCUGGAAGUGAAAAAUGAAAAUUCGGCAGAUCAAGUUUAAUAGCAAAGACAAUGUGUGCUGUGAUAUUGAUGUAAUAAAGCAAAGAAGUGUUACUCGUAACAUAAGCGUGAAAAAAGAAAAUUGAAUUAAUUUUAUUGAAUCGACAUGAGUUCGACGAAUAGUCAAUUUUUUGAUCAUGGCACGGUGUCGGGUAAAAUGAGCGGAAUCGUUCAUCUCACACGAGAAUUUUUUUCAAAAUGGUGCACCUGGAAGCUUUUGCCAUCACUCGUGAUGGUUGUUCUUGUAGCUCUGUUAGUAUGGCUUACCUAUACGGAAAAGUCAAAGGUUCAUCCACCGCUAAUUGAGGCAGCUAAUGGAACAAUAACAUUUAAAGGAAACCAAAUCAAUUUCGAAAGACUAUCACAAACAUUUUACAGUCAACUGAAUAAUUCAAAGAUUCCAAUUGCUGCGGUUCAUAUUGAAAAUGCCAUAGUUGUUGCAUCCGAGUUCAGUAACGCAAUUAAAAAGUUUUCCGAAAGUCUCAUCGAACUCUACUUAAACAACGUUACACUUAUUGGACAAUUUCAUCGGACUUAUCUACCAAACCUGCGAGCAUUUUCGUUAAGUCAAGUAAUUAACGCUGAGCAACUGGAAGCAUACCAGGAGAAGGAGUAUGUACGUUCAGUGCUUUUCUUCGAUUUACUAGAAAACGAUACAUGGAAACUGGAAAACGUUUCAAAUCUGGGUGUUAAUAUAAUGUUCCAUGUCAAUGGAUUCAAAUUUAUAAACGUAAACCGUGACAACAGUACGGGUAAAAGAGAACUGACCGUCUAUGUUCCAUAUUGUAAUGAAAUAUUGCAGAAUGUCAAAGAGUCGUACGAGAUCUUGUCACUAGCUACCUGUUCCAUAACAAAAUCGGCCAUUCCAAGUGAUUUAGAAUAUUUGAAUUUGUUCGAAGUUUUGAUUGUCGACGGCGAUAUAUCGGAAAUUUUAAUAGGAAUGGCUAAACUCCAAUUUCUGUUUCUAGACCUAGCCAAUACUACAAUCGACAUUUCACAUUUGCCAAAGUCUCUCGUCUGUUUAUCGCUUAGUACAGUCCUUCUAUCGUAUGACGAAAGUAAUUCGGAUGUAGCCCUUGAUAACCUUGAUACGUUGUCAUUGGGAUUCAAUUCAAUGUCUGACGAAAUUUACGACAACUUUAAGAAAUUAUUUCCUAAGGUCGAUCAUGUUGCUGCAUUCGGACUGCAAUCAGCCAAUUAUCGCCUAUUGUUAAGCUGUUACAAUGCUCGUGUAUAUUGGGUAGUUGUGGAAGAGUUCAAUCAUAACGCCGCCACCGACAUUGAGAAAAAUUUCAGCAAUAUGUUGAAUACGAUAGGCAUCACUUCAGGCGAAGUCAAUUUUCUAAUUACGCUGCCGAAGUAUUCGGAUUCUUUGGUUGCGUUUCCAUUAACUAAUUUACAGGAGCACGACUAUCGAUUUAUGUUUCUGGGUUGGUACAAAUUUCUGUCGUUUGAAGCGUAUCAAAAUGCUGAUAAGUAUGUAAUACCGAUGUGAUCGGGAACUUGGGCUUAAUUUUACACGUUAAAAGUUUUUCAUAAUUUGGCCGGGUCGAAUUCAUCCAAAUGUAUGUGUAGGUAUGUACCAUAAAAAGGUUUUCAACAAGUCUGCGUAACAGUGCCUUUUCUAAAGCUUUAGGCCAAAAGUACACGAUCAACUUUGCGUUGAUGGGAUCGACAAUUAUGCUGCGUUUUCCAUUGUGUAGCCUGUGGUGAAUAUCGAAUUACAAUGGAUAACGCACGAGGGGUGACGCACUUCCAUUUAAUCCAUUUAAUCCAAAAAAAAAUUCAGUUUUACCGAAAUAAUUAGG